UUGCAUUUCAAAGCCGCUAAAGUAACAAGUAUCUUGCAGUUAUCCAUUCAGUGGAACGAGUUAAAUAAAAAAUCUACCGAAAAAAAAACAAAAUUUCGUUGUAUAUAAAAUAGUGAAAAGCGCCAUAGAAAAUAACAACUUUUGACUCACUGCAAUGGAAUCUCCCAAUGGCGACCUCUAUACCCUUGAAGCCAAUUUAAUGAACAAAUCGCUACGUGAACUAACAGAUGGCGCCGACAAGGACCCCAUUACCAAGUUACGCUUACUUUGCUUCAGCCGUGGAGCAACAGGCAUUCUCGGAUUGGGCAGGGCAUUUCGGGCAAUGGACGAUGAUGGCAGCAAAGCACUAAAUGAGGAGGAAUUUAUUAGCGGUAUUCACGACACGGGUCUCGAUGUUACCGACGACGAAAUCAAAGAAAUGUUUAACAAAUUCGAUGAGGAUGGCAGUGGUUCAAUUAACAUGACUGAAUUUUUGCUCAAGCUGCGUCCACCAAUGCCAGCGAGCCGCUUGUCGAUCAUAGAUUUGGCAUUUGAUAAAAUGGAUAAGGAUGGUGAUGGCAUUAUCACCAUUGAGGACUUGAAGAAUGUCUAUUCGGUUAAGGAGCAUCCCAAAUAUCAAAGUGGCGAAAUGAGUGAGGAUGAAAUUCUUACAGAGUUUUUGCACAACUUUGAGGGUGGACGUGGAAAUCUAGAUGGAAAGAUCACUCGCGAGGAAUUUGUCAACUACUAUGCGACUAUAAGUGCUUCAAUUGAUAAUGAUUUAUAUUUCGAUCUGAUGAUGCGUCGUGCCUAUGCCAUGUAAAAAUCUCUGAAGAAAUCUCAAACACUUUUGCUAUCUUUUUUAAAAGCAGCUGCUUAAAAUCUAUUAAAAUAUUUAUAAAUUUAUU